CAACCGAAACCAGAAAACAAAGUCUUUUAGUUUCUUCAACCACCACAACACUCUUCUUUUAGACAACAAAAAAUGAUAAUGAGAAGAAGUCUAAGUCUGAGAAGCAUCACGAUGAUGAUAUUAAUGGCUGUUUUGGUCUGGUCAGUGACUCUAGAGACCUGCAUUGCCAGAAGAGGAAGACAUUGGAGACAUAGCCACCCAAGCUCUUCUGACUUGUCUGAUUCCUUGUCAAGCAAGAAACCAAAGAGCCAUGGGAACAGUCACCACCACAGUUCUCACAACCACCACAACGACAACCAUCACCACAAGUCUAAACCUAAACCAAAACCAAAGCUGAAAACGCCGCCAAAAUCUAGCGACAAUAACUCUCCGGUGGUUUCACGGCCACCAAAAGUCCAACCACCGCCUCUUCCGCCGCAAAAGGGAUCUCAAGUUUUCAAUGUGAUGGAUUUUGGAGCAAAGGGUGAUGGCAAAUGUGAUGACACUAAGGCGUUUGAAGCGGCUUGGGCAGCGGCUUGCAAAAUCGAAGCAUCGAUGAUGCUUGUACCGCCUGAAUACACUUACCUUGUUGGACCGAUCUCAUUCUCUGGUCCUUAUUGUCAAGCUAACAUUGUGUUUCAGCUUGAUGGUACGAUCAUAGCUCCAACGGAUUCAAAGACAUGGGGAAAAGGGUUAAUGUGGUGGAUUGAUUUCACAAAGCUGAAAGGAAUUAAAGUACAAGGUAAAGGUGUGAUUGAUGGAAGAGGCUCUGGUUGGUGGCAACAAGAUGAUCCUUUCAUUGAUGGUGAAACCAAACUCAUCAUCCCUUUGAACAAUUCUGUUCACCAAAACCCUCCAGUGCCGAUAAGAAGUGAGCUUGAUGGGAGAAUGCCAAGCAUUAAACCAACGGCAUUGAGAUUCUCUGGGAGUUUAGGCGUGGAAGUGACGGGUAUAACGAUCCAAAACAGUCCUCAGUGUCAUCUCAAAUUCGACGACUGCGUAGGGGUUGUGGUGCAUGACAUAGCCGUGUCUUCACCUGGUGACAGUCCAAACACUGAUGGGAUUCACCUCCAGAACACCAGAGAUGUCCUCAUUCACAGUACUACACUUGCUUGCGGAGAUGAUUGUAUCUCGAUCCAAACGGGUUGCUCGAAUGUGUAUGUGCACAAUGUGAACUGUGGACCGGGGCACGGGAUCAGCAUUGGUAGUCUCGGCAAAGAAGGCACAAAAGCCUGCGUCUCCAACAUAACAGUGCGAGACGUGGCUAUGCACAACACAAUGACAGGUGUUAGGAUCAAGACAUGGCAAGGAGGAGUAGGAUCAGUGAAAGGGAUAAUCUUCUCAAACAUUCAGCUCAACGAAGUCCAGAUUCCAAUAAUGAUAGACCAAUUCUACUGUGACCAUAGCAAAUGCAAGAACCAGACAUCAGCAGUUGCAGUGGAAGGAGUGACUUACGAGAGGAUAAAAGGAACCUACACCGUGAAACCGGUGCAUUUCGCUUGUAGCGAUAACUUCCCGUGUGUAGAUGUGCAGUUAUCUUCGAUAGAGCUUAAACCGGUUCAAGAAAAGUAUCAUAUGUCAGACGCUUAUUGCUGGCAGACAUUUGGAGAGCUCAACACUCCUACUCUUCCUCCCAUUGAUUGUUUGCAGAUUGGGAAGCCCCCAAGAAACAAAGUUCAGUCCGAUCACGAUGUGUGUUGACGGAUUCCGCAAGUAAAAAAAUGUAGAUUAAUGUAUAUCAUCUUUCUUUAGCCUAUAAAACCUACUACUACUUGAUACGAAUUUACGGUUUAGAUAUUAAAAAUGAUGUAUCUUG